AUGUCAACCAAUCAGCAACCUAUCCGCGUCGGUAUUAUUGGCACUGGUAUCUUUGCCUACCGUCAUUUACGCGCUUAUAAUGCUGUCGGUCAAGAUAAAUUCCAGAUUGUCGCGUGUGCCAACCGUUCUCGGGACAAGGCUGAGAAGUUUGCCAAAGAAGCUGGUAUUCCUGAAUCGGCCAUUUACGCUGACCCUAAAGAAUUGAUCAACGAUCCCAACGUAGAGCUCGUAGAUGCGCUUUUGCCCGUUCAAUACAACCUGGAGAUCGUAGAAGCAGCUAUUGCUGCCAAGAAGCACAUCUUAUUUGAGAAGCCGAUUGCACACAAUCUGGAUGAUGCUCGCAAAAUCGUUUCAGCAGCCCAAAAGGCUGAGAGUGUGGUCGCCGUGGCCGAGAACUGGUCAUAUCAUUCGUUGCCUCGUGCUGUGGCCAAGUAUGUACAAGCAGGCCAUAUUGGUGAGAUUGUCAACUUUUCAUAUGACUCUGCACGACCUUAUAACCCGUCAUCGCCCUAUCAUACAACCGCAUGGCGUCAGUCGCCACAGCAUCCAGGAGGUUAUUUGAGUGACGGAGGAGUUCAUGACAUGGCUCAUUUGCUUCCCAUUCUUGGACGAUUUGACCAAGUCAGCGCUUUUGCUACUAAACGGCACAGCAUCCAUGUCACCGAAGACACUUUAUCCACCACCAUCAAGCUGGUCAAUGGUGCUGUCGGUGUGGCCAAUUUCACUUUUUGCUCGGCUGGAUUAAAGUCAAUGCGUCUUGAGGUACACGGCACCAAGGGCACUGUUCGCUUGACGAACGACACCACUGUAGAGUUGCUGGAUGAAACUGGCCAGUCAACAGACGCAAGUGCGAUUCAGGCUUUGGUUGAUAAAAGCACAGCAGGUUUCGAAGAUGUCGAGGGCGAGUUAUACAACUUGCACGAUGUUGUACGUAACAAGGCAUCUUUGGGUGUAUCGGCUGAUGAGGCGUUCCAUCAUUUGGCGUUCAUUGUUGCUGCUCUGGAAGCUGCAGAAACUCAAAAGGUGGCCCGAGUUCAAACGGCUGCUUGAUUUUGAUCAUCCAUAAUAAAAGCGUCAUAUUCUUCGACAUGACUAUCAUCUUGAGGAGGCGCAUGAUAUCUCCAAUGUCGAGAACGGAUAAAGCGUGCCGGUAUGAUGCUGUGUAAAAGAUUACGCCCCACUAUUUUUCAUGAUAUGUAAUCCAUAGUUACUAGCGCUGGCCAAAAAGUACACCUAUUCAAUUUUUAUUUGUCGGGCAACUGCCCCAGUUACUACGGCAGAAAGACAAA